AUGAUUCGUGUCUUGAAGCCGGCCGCAUUAACCAGGAGAAAACCCCACUUUGCCGCGUCCCGCUCUGCCCCGCGAGGUCUUGCGACAUUGGCUGAGAAUACAAAGCCAGAAUUAUCCUUCCAGAUUCCUCUCAUUGACUUCAGCAAGUUUCGUGCGGCAACAUCGCUAUCGGAGAAGCGGCAAACCGCCGACGAGGUCGUUAAAGGGUUCAAGGAAGUGGGGUUUAUAUACCUCGAUAAGCACGGUAUCUCAGACGAUGUCGUGAAACAUACGUUCAAGAAGAGCGCAGAGUUCUUCAGUCUUCCCAUGGAAUUGAAGUCGAAAUUGGCAUGGGAAGACCCGCGCUCGAACCGAGGCUACGUCCAGAUCGGCAGGGAGCGCGUCACCCAGUCCACCGACACGUCUGAGAUCGCCCGACUGCGGGAGAAGGCGCCAGAUUUCAAGGAAUCCAUGGAAAUAGGGCGUGACUGGGACAAGACGUGGAAGAACCAGUGGCCCCAGGAGAGCGAUGCACCCAGGUUCAAGGAGACGAUGCUGCAAUUCUUCCAAACAUGCCAUGAAUUGCACGUCCUGGUCAUGCGCGCUAUCGCGAUUGGGCUUGAUCUUGAUGAGACAUUCUUCGACGAUAAGAUACAUGAGCAGUACCACAACUUGCGGCUGCUUUCAUAUCCUCCUAUUAGGACGCACCUCCUGCAGAAGGAGGGUCAGGCGCGUGCAGGAGCACACUCAGACUAUGGUACUUUGACCCUACUGUUCCAAGAUUCUGUCGGUGGCCUGGAAGUCCAGAACCCACACACUAAGCAGUAUCAGCCGGCUACCCCUAUGCCCGGGACGAUCGUCGUGAAUGCAGGUGACCUCCUGUCUCGCUGGAGCAAUGACGUUCUACGCUCGACCCUUCACCGAGUUGUCGCACCACCUGCUAAGAAGAUCAGUGACACCGAGAGCAUCACACCCGCUCGGCAGUCGAUUGCGUUCUUUUGCAACCCGAACGGUGGUGCGGAGAUUUCGUGCUUGCCGAAUUGCUACGGACAGGGACGAGAGAAGAAGUACGCGCCUGUGACGACAGAACAGUAUAUUGUUGGAAGGCUGUCUGCGACGUAUAUGUGA